AUGAGUUGCCCAAAGGAGGACGAGCAGCAGCAGCAGUCUUGUGGGUCGUGUGAUGGACACCAUCAUGCUGGCGGCUCCGUGCCGGACAUGGAAGACUACAAACUUGAACUCGAAAGCCUCCGCAAACGGACCCAGGAACUCGAGCUGAAGCUGUCCAAAGCUGGAGGGAGCACCGCGGCCCGAAAGCUGCGGUCUGGGAAUUGGUUCAACUGUCCCGAAAACCCGGAGAUGAUGGCCCUGUAUACGGACCGCUUCCUCAAUUACGGCUUGACGACAUCGGAACUAAACACUGGCAAACCCAUCAUUGGCAUCGCUCAGUCCGGGAGCGACAUCGCCCCCUGUAACCGACACCAUCUCGAACUAGCCAAACGAGUCCGAGAAGGCAUUCGCUCUGCCGGUGGCAUCGCAUUCGAGUUUCCCACGCACCCGAUCCAGGAAUCGGUGAGACGGCCUACAGCGACGUUGGAUCGCAAUUUGCUGUAUCUAGGACUUGUCGAGAUCCUGCAUGCGUAUCCCCUGGACGGCGUGGUGCUUUUGACUGGCUGUGACAAGACGACCCCGGCAAUGCUCAUGGCCGCCGCUACUGUCAACAUCCCCGCCAUCUGUCUCAAUGUCGGUCCCAUGCUGAACGGUCGCCUUCAGGGCUCGCAAGACAGAAUUGGCUCGGGGACGAUUUUGUGGAAGGCUCGGGACCUGCAUGCUGCAGGGAAGAUUGACGAUGACAUGAUGGUGGAGAUGAUCGCAGCUGGAACGCCCUCAGCAGGCCAUUGUAACACCAUGGGCACGGCAUCAACCAUGAAUGCCCUGGCUGAGGCACUCGGCAUGGCUCUACCAGGCUCUUCAGCCAUUCCAGCCCCGUAUCGGGAGCGUGCCCAAUGUGCGUAUAGGACUGGUAGGCAGAUUGUGGAGAUGGUACACGCUGAUCGGAAGCCAAGCGACAUCAUGACGAGGGAAGCAUUUGAAAACGCCAUUGUCGUGAACAGCGCUAUCGGAGGGAGCACCAACGCGCCCAUCCAUCUGAAUGCUGUGGCAAAACAUAUCGGUGUCCCCCUUGAUUUGAAUGACUGGGAUAGGAUUGGACUUGACAUCCCUUUACUGGUGAACGUGCAACCUGCCGGCGAGAUGUUGUGCGAGGAGUACUAUAAAGCUGGCGGGCUUCAAGCAGUCAUGGCCGAACUUUUGGAUCAAGGUAAACUCCAGCCAACAGCGCUGACUUGUAACGGCAAGACCGUAAAGGAGAAUGUGGACGGCAAGCACUCUUGGGACAAACAGACCAUCAAGCCGUACCUUGAACCGCUGAAACAGCGGGCAGGCUUCCUUCACAUGACAGGGAAUCUGUUUGAUUCCGCCAUCAUGAAGACCUCUGUGAUCUCCGACGAUUUUCGGCGCGAGUUCUUGGAAGAUCCCAAGGAUCCCAAUGCAUUUGAGUGUAAGGCUGUGGUUUUCGAUGGACGAGAGGAUUUCAUCAACCGCAUCGACGAUCCCAAGACCCCGGUCGAUAAGAGGACGAUUUUGGUGAUGCGUGGCGCUGGACCACUUGGAUAUCCCGGUGCGGCGGAGGUAGUCAACAUGCAUGCUCCAGGCCACGUCUUGAAACAAGGAGUCAGCUCGUUGCCAUGUAUUGGGGAUGGAAGACAGUCUGGCACGUCAGGUUCGCCGUCAAUUCUGAACGCCAGUCCUGAAGCCGCCGCAGGCGGUAACCUGGCACUACUUAGGGAUGGAGAUGUCUUGAGGGUCGACUUGAACAAGCGACUUGUCCAGAUCUUGAUAUCUGAGGAUGAGUUGAAGAAGCGACGGCAGGACUUGGAGGCGAAGGGGGGAUAUUCGAUUCCAGAGUCUCAGACGCCCUGGCAGGAUAUCUUUCGCCGCGAGACUGGACAGCUCAAUGAAGGGAUGAUCCUGCGGAAUGCUCCUAAGUUUCAGCGCGUGGCGCAGAAAUGGCCGGCUCCUCUACAUAACCACUGA